GUAAUCAAACGAUCAUUUCCGUUCCGUGGGAGACGUUGGCAAGUAAAUACCUCUUUCCUUCUUUCUCUUCGUUCGAGGCAGGCUCACCGUCCCUUGCCUUUGCAGUCCCUCUUCUGCACGACGUUGAACGUCCUUUCUUUCGUUUUAUUUCUCCUUCCAACCACUUUGCCUGGUGCUACAGCCGCCUCUGUAUCUUCUGCCUUUCGUGUUUCCUCUCUGGAAGAGUCAUUCUUUUUCCAACAACCUACAUAGCAAGCAAUCACAAUGGUGUCCAAGAAGCUGAUGGGCAUAUGGGCCUUUCUCGACGUCUGCCUUCUCGCAGCCGGCGCCGUCUCGCUCGCCCUCUCCAUCGUAUGGCGGGCACCCAACAUACUCAUGAACAUGGUGCUCUCGAAUGCUGAUCUCACAGCCGGCACUGUCCUCGCCGUCGCACUGCUCGUCACCUUUGCGAUCUCCAUCGUAGCCGUCAUCCAGCGGAACCACGUUACCAUCGGUUUCGUUAUCCUCAAUUAUGCCUUGGUGCUAGAUGCGCUUGGCAUCAUAGUCAUUGGUACUUUUGUCUGGUUCUUCACGUUACACGAGCGUGCAAACUACCAUGACCUGUGGGUUAAACAGAGCGCUGCCAAUAGGAUCAGUCUCCAAGACCAAUUUAACUGCUGCGGUUACUUCAACGCCACUGAUAACCAGGAGAUCGGUGGCACUCACUGCACCCAAUCCCAAGUCGACUUUCUCAACACGCUCGAUUCAGCUGCCGAUAGUAAUGCCAAGUUCUUUUGUGUUACCCCCAUCACUGCUUUCGCGGAUAUGACUCUCAACAAUAUAUUCACGUACGUCCUUUUGUUUGUUCAAACCCUUGCAUUUUUGUUAUGCAUUCUCUUGGUACUCAUUCCGCCGCAGAGGAAGGAAGAGGAACGCUUCAAGAAGAUCGACGCAAAGCGCGGAGGAAGAGGAUUCGUUUGAGAUGAACCACUCGACCACCCAUUACCCUUAGAAAAGCGCCCAAAUAUUUUCUAUUCCCCGUGGUUUCUUCUCCCUUCUCUUGCUUUGUCUGCUUUUCCUCUCUUCAUUCGUUAUUGUUAGAUGUUAUACUGAAGUAUUUUACGGGUAAACAUUCACUUUCUUGUAUAAAAUCUUUCAGCACCAUUGUUUUGUUUUAUGCCAUUGCAAUACAGAUAACCACUGUUGGGGCCGCUUUAUUACAAUAAUGCUGAUCAACGUCUCAAUUGAAAUUCGCACCCUUCUUCCGGCC